AUGCUCCAUCCCAAAACAACAUUGCCGUCCUAUCACGGCCCCAGUCUCAGAGCAGCUCUUGCAGCUGUCCCUUCGUUUUGGUAUAAGUUCCCCGCGUUAGCCAUGCUACAUAAAGUGCCAAGGUCUGCUUCUUAUAAUAAUGCUGGCGUCUUGAAUUUUGGUACAGCAUCUGGAUACAGCUCCAAGGUCUACAAUGUCUCAGCAGCCCCAACAGCUACUUCAGUCAAUCGAGACUUCUCUGACCAAGUAUUGGCGUUUCUCUGGGAUCAGGUUGGACCUGUAGCUACUGGACCAGUCACUACUACGGUUUCGCCGACGCCCGAAGCCUUGAUAUAUCCUACUCCUGGGGUUAUGCACCCACUACUUGCCUCAAACGACACGAGUCUGGAAAGGUCCAAGCUGCCAAAGAACUUCAAAUGGGGCAUCGCAUCAUCAGCAUACCAGAUUGAAGGCGCUGCAAAAGAUGAAGCGAAGUGGCCUUCCAUCUGGAACCUACUCGCUCAUCGCGUGCCAGACCAAGUAUUAGACAACACCACCGCCGAUGUUGUAGCCGAGCACUAUUAUCUUUACAAACAAGACUUUGCCCGGCUGAGGAGUCUCGGCGUCACAGGCUUUAGCCCGAGCAUCAGCUGGCCACGUGUAAAGUACUAUGAUGAUGUUAUUGCUGAACUGGUCAAGAACGGGAUUUCGCCUGCCGUGACACUGUUUCACUGGGAUACUCCGCUAGCUUUAUUCAACGAGUACGGUGCCUGGACGGAUCCACAUAUCUACGUCGACACGUGGUUCACCAUAAACGAGCCUCAGUAUUGCAACUGGCAAUACAGCUAUUGCCCGGCUGGCAAAUACUAUCCUGCAUACAACGGCGUGACGGGAGGGCUGGAGGCGCGUUUCUUGUGCGGCCAUUACACGCUUCUAGCACACGCGAAGGUGGCGAAAUGGUACCACGAAGAAUUCAAGGGUAAAGGCCACAUCACCUUCAAGAACUCUGGCAAUUAUUGCGAAGCCAACUCGACAUCCAAGGCCGCUGAAGUAGCUAGGCGAAGGAAUUUCGACUUCGCCGAGGGUUGGUUUGGAGGGCCUUGGACGGACGGCGACUGCGCCACGAGCUUGAAGGAUGCUCUGGGAAGCUUUUUACGGGAGCUGUCGCCAGAGCAAAAGGCCUUGAUUAAGGGGUCUUGCGAUUUCUUCGACGGCGGGGUUGAGGCGUGCGCGUCCAACAGCUCGAACCCAGCGUAUCCCGAAUGUGCUGGCAGCGCUUCGACAGAUGCAGACGGUUUCCCUAUUGGACCAGCGGCUGAUCCUGCUUUGUCCGGGCUCUAUGACACGGCUACAGGUAUCUGCAGGUUUCUGAAGUAUCUCACGACGGAGCUAUUCCCUACGAUUCCUGCGGAGCCGUUUGAGUCCCAGCUUACAACUCUGAAUCAGAUAUCGACAACUUCGAAUGGGGAUCCGGCACUACCUCCUAGCGUGCGCUCCGGGCUGCAAUAUGUGAAUUACACAGACCUGACAAGAACACCAAAGGCGACCAUGUUUCAGCUCCUGAACUGGUUCAAGGAGCACACCGAGCCCAGCAACUCGACAAUGAGGUUGUUGUAGACGCGUAUGAGACAAAGAAGGCGGGGUGGAAAGCAUAUGCGGUACAGUUAUAGC